GCUUACGUAAGCAACCUAGGGCUGUGUGCCUCACAUAAGGUGAGUUUUCGUCUGCCAUCCUGAGAGCUGCUCGUACCAUCCAGCACACCUGAAGUCUGCGAACACGCUUCAGACAUGUCCCGUCCGACACUGCUGGUGCUGGCUGUGCUACUCUGUGUUUCCCGCUGUGUGAUGGGGGGGAAGAUCCUGGUGUUCCCCAUGGACGGAAGCCACUGGAUCAACAUGAAAGUGCUCAUUGAGGAGCUUCACACCCGCGGCCAUGAGAUCACAGUUAUCCUGCACAGAGACAACUGGUACAUCAAGCCAGAGUCCAACCUCUACAAGACCAUCAACUUGAGUUUCUCGAGUGGCUUUAAUGAGCACAAUUUUGGUUCCUUUGUCACCAGAAUUUUGAAAAUGCGUCGAGAAGGCACCUCACUGUGGGCUAAUCUCGCACUAAAAUACGAAAUGAUGAAGCACUUCUAUGAGCUGAACAAGCAAGUGGUCCAGAUGUUGGGUGACAUCUUUGAGGACAAGGAGAUAAUGAAGAGCUUUCAUGAUGCCAAAUACGACAUGGUUCUGACGGACCCUGCCUUUGGUGGAGGUGUUCUCCUGGCUCACCGUUUGGGUCUUCCACUGGUUCUAAACGUCAGGUGGACCAUUCAAGGUGAAGGACAUCUUGCUAUCGCUCCCUCCCCUUUGUCUUAUGUCCCCAUUCCAGGAGUAGAGCUGACGGACAAGAUGACCUUCACUGAGCGGAUCAAGAACAUGAUGUAUUACUUCUUCACUCGCUUGUAUCUUUGGUACGUCUCUGACUCAGCCUACAAACCGUUCGUCCAUCGCUACUUUGGUCCAAAUGUACACUACAUGGAGCUCUUCCAAGCAGCAGACAUCUGGUUGAUGAGGACCGAUUUCACUUUUGAAUUCCCGCGCCCCACCAUGCCCAAUGUGGUCUACAUGGCAGGAUUUCAAUGCAAGCCGUCCAAGCCCCUCCCCAAAGAGCUGGAGGACUUUGUCCAAAGUUCUGGCGAGCACGGCGUCAUUGUGAUGACCUUGGGCACUUUAGUUGCCAACCUUCCUGAGGACAUCACCGCCAGCAUCGCCACCGUUUUUGCCCAACUACCUCAAAAGGUCAUGUGGAGACACCAGGGCAAACGUCCGUCCACACUCGGCAACAACACGCUGCUUUUGGAUUGGCUGCCUCAAAACGACUUGCUGGGUCACCCCAAGACCAAAGUGUUUGUGGCGCACGGCGGCACCAACGGAGUCCAGGAGGCCAUUUACCAUGGCGUCCCCCUCGUGGGCCUGCCCCUCAUGUUCGACCAGCAGGACAACCUCUUCAGGAUGAAGGUGAGGGGCGUGGCCAACGUGCUGGACAUCGCCACACUGAACGAGGACAACUUCCUGGCGGCUCUGAAGGCAGUGCUGUACGAACCGUCGUACCGCCAGAAUAUGAAGAGGCUGUCGGAGCUGCACAGGGACCAGCCCAUCAAGCCCCUGGACCGUGCCAUGUUCUGGAUCGAGUUUGUCAUGAGGCACAAGGGAGGGAAACACCUACGGACAGAGUCGUACAAGAUGUCCAAGAUCCAGUACUACUCCAUCGAUGUGCUGGCCUUUUUACUAGCGCUCAUGCUAACAGCCACAGCUGUUUUUAUUUCACUGCUAAAGUUUUUGUGGCGAAGGUUCCUUUCUAGAAGCAAACUGAAAAAAGAAUAA